ACAUUAACUAGCAGGUCAGGAAAAUCAUAAGCUAUUAAGCGGAACAUAAGAUAUCUCGCCAUGCUCUUAGGGCCUUAGGCACAAGAAAAUUUCUGCACUGCAUGCAUCAGCAUGGCCAUGCACGCUCACCAGGUCACUGAAUUGAGCACAUGAUGGAAUCUAUAGUGGCGCACCUCGAUGAUUGGCUGCAUGCAUGGCCAGCUGGUGCAUGGAAUAGUUUCUCCUAGGUACAGAGUGUUCUUCCAUACAAAAUAUCAUUACAAGGAACUAACAAAGAGUGCACAAUCGCAAAGGGCAAGGAUUAAAGAAUUUAUUAAACGCAGACAGAGGGAAGAAAUGUCGCAAAUUUAAAGUACAAAAAUUGGAUCCUUUUGGUGCCCUGGCUCAUGACUACUAGAUGACCACGAUGCCGGUUAAACUCUAGAUGCUGCUGCUGCUGUCAUUAUGUAAAGCAUAAAUGCCAUAAUUCCUGUUUUUUUUAAGCAGGAUCGUUACAUGUUUUGUUUUAAAUAGGAUGCCACAGUUUCGUUAUAUGUAUACAAAGUUCAUUGGAAAGUAUACUUUCUACCAGAUAUGGACAUCAUGAUGAUGCCUUUUCUUAUCAGUAGUUUAAUACAGACCUCAAUGAAUGCACAAACUGAUUUACAUUUAAUUGAAGCGGUUCACACCGGUUCAGGUACUUUUGGAUGGGAUGAAUUUAAAAUUUUUAAAUAAAUUUUUAAUUAAAUUUAGAAUAUAUUUGGAUUGUAGAAUUUUAAGUAGAUUCGGAUAUGAAUAGAAUAAAGUUUGUGGGUGCUUUAUCCGGAGUUCUAGACCGGCCAGGUCCAGACCGGCUCGAAGCAGCUCGCAGACCGGUCGUUAGAAGACAGGUCCGUGGGUUCGGUGUCCGGCUAAAACCUACGCCAUCGAACCCAUCCAACCGGAUUAAAUUAAGAAAAUCUCCGCCAUCGAAACAAUAACCCAUAAAUCCCAGCAGCACUUUUCUCCUCUUCCUCUCUCUCUCUUCCCCUGCGUUACCGGGUGCCUCGAAAGAGAAAGAAGCGAUGGAAGAGAGCGCGGGCUUCCUCUACGAAACCCUCGACCCCUUCUUCUCCGCCGAUCCCGACCCCGCCUCCGAUCCCACCGAGUCCUACGCCGUCUUCCGCAACCAGAUCACCUCGCCGGCGGACUCCUUCGCUGACAUCCCCGCCGCCGACUACUUCUCCCUCGACGUCGCCGCCGACAGCCCGCGCCGGGACAAGACCCCGCCGUCGCAGCGGACGCCCGGUUCCCGCUCCCUGGAGGGCAACCGGGCUUUGGAGCUGGCCUGGUUCCGCUCCGGCAGUCGUUUUAAGAGCCCCAUGCUUCAGCUCCACAAAGAAGUUAUUUUGGCUCAUGCAGAGAUACUCGAUUUUUGUGAUUUUGUCACUCCAACUCCUGAAGAACAAGCCUCACGUGCUGCUGCUGUACAAUGUGUUUUUCAGGUUAUCAAACACAUCUGGCCGCACAGCAAAGUGGAAGUUUUUGGAUCAUUUAGGACAGGCCUCUAUCUACCAACAAGUGAUAUCGAUGUUGUGAUUUUGGAGUCAAAGGCGAAGACUCCACAAAUGGGUCUUUAUCCUCUUGCUAGAGCUCUAUCCCAGACAAGUAUUGCAAAAAAAAUGCAGGUUAUAGCUAAGGCUCGUGUGCCAAUUGUGAAGUUUGUGGAAAAGCAAAGUGGGAUAUCUUUUGACAUCAGUUUUGAUGUGGAUGGUGGACCUAAAGCAGCUGAGUUUAUCAAGGAUGCUGUGAAGAAGAUGCCUCCUUUACGGCCCUUGUGUUUGAUUCUUAAGGUUUUUCUACAGCAAAGAGAACUGAAUGAGGUGUAUUCAGGAGGUAUUGGUUCUUAUGCACUUCUUGCAAUGCUGAUAGCACAUUUACAGACGCAAUGGAGAGGACAAGGCAUACAGCAACCUAUGGAACAUAACUUGGGAGUUCUUUUGGUGAACUUCUUUGAUUUUUAUGGCCGCAAAUUAAACACUUGGGAUAUCGGUGUUUCUUGCAAUUCAGCAGGCACUUUUUUCUUGAAGAGUGAUAAAGGAUUUAUGAAGACAGAACGACCGUAUCUUCUAUCCAUCGAGGAUCCCCAGGCUCCAGAUAAUGACAUUGGGAGGAACUCUUAUAACUAUUUUAAGGUGAGGUCAGCCUUUGCAAUGGCCUACUCUUUACUGACAGAUGCAAGUGCCAUCAUAGGCUUGGGCCCGCAUAGGAGCAUUCUAGGGACCAUAAUUAGGCCAGACCCGAUGCUUCUAGACCGGAAAGGUGGAAAUAAUGGAGAGCUUACCUUUAAUGACUUGCUUCCAGGGGCAGGUGAAUCAUUGACCCAGCAAUUUGAGAAUGGGGGUGAUAUAAUAUAUAACUGGCAGUUGGUGGAUGAUGAACCACUGCCAAGGGAGAAAGUACUUGCUGAAGAUGAUAGUAUAUCAUCUAGGAAGAGGAGGGCCUCAGAAACAAAACAAAGAUCCAGCAAAACUGAUAAGCUGGAAAUUUUUGAGGGUAUGCAUGAAGAAAAUGGUGUUAGGAGGGAAAGGGGUGUGAGGAAGUCGUGGAAAGGACCUCGAGAUAAGGAUAAAUCUACGAAAAGCCACCAUGGUAAAGUCAUAUACUGAGGUACUGAUAAGACUUGGUUGUGAAAGUGAUAAUAGAGACAAGGUUAAGCAAUACCAGGUGAUGCUUGCUUGUGCUAUAGUGCUCGAAGAGCCAUCUGUUGGUGUCGCUUCGGGGAAGCAGCAGAGGCAUUUUGUAGCGUGGUGUUUUGGCCAUCACCAUGUAACUUUAUGGCUUAAAUUUUGUUGUUUUAUCAAAUUGCUUUAUUUUCUUUUAUUUGUAAAAACGGACAGGAGCAUAUAAAAUGCUACUUUGUGGCAAUGAGACUGCUAUUGAUUGACUUGUGGAAGAUAAUUGGCUCCAACAACAUUAGCUUGCUACUUUUUCAGCCAGCAGAGGAAAUUGAUAAUGGACUUAUUAGAAAGUAUGGUGCAAACCGUGUUGUUUUAUCAGAUCAUUUUAUUUUUUCUUUAUUUGUAAAAACGUACAAGCACAUAAAAUGAUAAUACUUUGUUUUUGGUGAUGAA